AUGAAUGAGUUUUCAAAUGGAACCCAGACUCUAAUCAAUCUGUUCACCAAGAACACAUCUCUGCUCUAUCGAUUGGUGCAAAGGCUUGACGCUACCAACCUUCGCCAUACUUACUAUCUGGUAACGCCGAAUGAGACGAUGUUUGCCACAGUCGAUGAGAAAAUGAAUGAGUUUUCAAAUGGAACCCAGACUCUAAUCAAUCUGUUCACCAAGAACACAUCUCUGCUCUAUCGAUUGGUGCAAAGGCUUGACGCUACCAACCUU